CAGCGCCCCUCCCACCACACUCACCGCUGUCCUCCCCCCACCCCGGACUAGCACUGGGCUAGCCCGCUAACGGUGAUUCGCUACAUUUCGUGACAACAUUUUGGUCACAUUUUCUUCUUCCCCGUCGACGGCGGGUGUUGAUAUCCGGCCAACUCCGAGCGACGCCGCUCACCAAGAGCCGAAAACAUCGCGGCCGUUUAUCCGCAGCUGGAAGCAGCUAGCGCGGCUACCAUCUUGGUUAGCUCGCUAGUUACCCAGCUAGCUUGAUGGAUGGAUGACAUUCGACUGGUUUUCGCCUUUUUUUUAACAUUUAUUUAUUCACUCCAGGAAACAAUGAUUCUACUUUGACGUUGAGGGGACUGAGGCCCAGUUGGUUCGGUGUAACCGCAGUUCGUCUCGGGCAAAAAGUGGUUACAUUGAGGAAAAGCUGACUGCUGAUGCAAGCCUAGUUUGGACCUGUCAAUAUGAUGCCAAUGAUAUUGACGGUGUACCUCAGCGAUGGGGAGCAGGCCUUGACGGAGGUGCCCAUCACCCCCGAGACGACGUGCCGUGACGUCGUUGAGUUCUGCAAGGAGCCUGGCGAGAGUGGCUGCCACCUGGCUGAGGUCUGGAGAGGCAACGAGCGAGCUAUCCCUUUUGAGCACAUGAUGUAUGAACAUCUCCAGAAAUGGGGUCCGCGGAAACAAGAAGUCAAAUUCUUCCUGCGGCACGAAGAUUCUCCGACUGAGAGCAGCGAUCAGGGAAGUCAACAGUCUCAGGAUCAGACGAGUCGGAGGAGUGGCAACGCUGGAGAGAAGCCCAAUGAGAACGGGGUGGGUAAUCAACGUGUGGAGCUCACCCUCUCGGAGCUGCAGGAGAUGGCCACACGGCAGCAGCAGCAGAUCGAGGCUCAGCAGCAGAUGCUUGUCGCAAAGGAGCAGCGUCUGCGUUACCUAAAGCAGCAGGAGCGACGUCAGCAACAGACGGCCACAGAAAGUGAGAAGCUGCAGAGGCUGAAGGAGCGGGUGGAUAGCCAGGAGGCCAAGCUCAAGAAGAUCCGCGCCAUGAGGGGCCAGGUGGACUACAGCAAGGUCAUCAAUGGCAACCUGUCUGCAGAGAUCGAACAAGUGAGCGGCCUGUUCCACGAGAAGCAGGCUGAGCUACAAACCGCCGUGCUGAGGGUGGAGCAGCUCAGCUUGCAGCUGGAGGACCUCCGCAGGGGGAAGCUCAACGGCAUACAGUCAACACUUGGCGGACAAGUGACUGGCACUGCAGCGCUAGAGCUCCGGAAGCUCUACCAGGAGCUUCAGAUACGCAACAAACUAAACCAGGACCAGAACAGCAAGCUGCAGCAGCAGAAGGAUCUUCUGAACAAGCGCAACAUGGAAGUGACGCUCAUGGACAAGCGCAUCAGCGAGCUGCGGGAGCGCCUCUACAAGAAAAAAGCUGAGGCACGUCAAAAAGAGAAUCUCCCUCUCAGCAGGGCCAAUGGACCGCCCUCCCCACAGGCAGGUCCCGGGACGCUGGGCCGUGUGGCGGCUGUGGGUCCUUACAUCCAAGUCCCCGUGCCGACCCGACAGGAUGCGGGCUACACCUUGCCACCCGAACCUCUGAAACCGCAGAAUCUGGGGGUAAAUAACCAGGUCAACCAGGGCCGCACCAAGUCAGCUAAUGAAGCUGGUUGGCCUCCUGCGGGUAAGACCGGCACAUCUCUAAAGCCUCCCGAGAGAAGAGACUCCGAUACGCAGCAGGGUAAGAACCCUCCUUCUGGCUCCCCUGCGGCUCCAAGUGCAGAAAAGGUGCUUGAUUCCAAAAAGACAGUGUCGUCCCCUUCCAUAUGCAAACCCCAACCACCACCCUAUGGCUCCCACCUCAUUUCUGCCAACUCUGCCAGCUCUCUGGAGCGUCGCAAGGAUGCGCCACCACCGCUGCCGCCGCCUCGCCCACUAACAAACCCUCCUGCACCCGCUUGGCCCCGAGUGCCCUCAUCCACAGGCUCGUCCUCGCAGCAGAUCCAGCAGCGGAUCUCGGUGCCGCCGAGUCCCACCUUCCAGCCUCACGUACUGCUCUUCCCGCCCGGCAUGAGCGAGCGGCUGGACCCCCCGCCCGCUGUAGCGGUGCGUCCCUUCAUCCCAGACAGAGGAUCUCGGCCACAGUCACCCAGAAAGGGUCCGGCGACCAUGAACUCCAGUUCCAUCUAUCACAUGUACCUCCAGCAGGCAGCGCCAAAGAGUCAGCCCCUAAAACCUGCUCUUAAAGCAGUAUAUGGGAAGCCCGUCCUCCCUCCCAGCUCGACACCUCCCUCACCUCUACCUUUUGUUCCGCCCGGUGGAGCCUUUCCGUUGCUCCAAGAACCACCAGCCGGCGAGGAUAUGCUUGAUGGCGACCUGGAGGAUCAUGAAGGGUUAUGCCACAUGGAGCCAUCAGCCCCCCCUCCCAGCGUAGAGAACAUCCCACGACCACUCAGCCCAACUAAGCUAACGCCCAUGGUACACUCGCCCCUGCGCUACCAAAGUGACGCUGACCUCGAGGUGCUUCGUAAGAAGCUGGCCAAUGCGCCGAGGCCCCUGAAGAAGCGCAGCUCCAUCACAGAACCAGAGGGCCCAAGUGGGCCUAACAUCCAGAAACUGCUCUAUCAAAGAUUCAACACUCUUGCAGGAGGCAUAGAGGGAAGUGUAGGAACUGGGGGAGGUAAUGGUGCAGGGACUGGGACACCAUUUUACCAGCCUGCAACUCCUCCAGGCUAUUUGGGUGGUGACCCAGCUGCAGACAGUGACAAUGGCAACCUUCCCCCCGACACUCUCCCUCCGCCACCACCGCCGCCUGAUGCAGAGGAGCUGGGCUCAGAGGCUGAGUCUACUGACGCCAACGACAACCAGCCGCUACCUCCGCCACCAGAGGGUCUCGCAGACACCGCUGAUUCAGAAGGAGCGGACGACGGUGACGACGACGACGACGAAGACGACAACAACAACAACGUGGGAAGCUCAGAGGCCUUGCUGCCCAGUCCGGUGCCAGAGGUCAGCUCGCCGGAGGAGAGUGGCACUGUGAUGACACAACCCUCUCGCACAAAUCUGAAGAAGCCAGAGUCCGAGCGCACUGGUCACGGCUUCAGGGUGAAGUUCAACCCUUUGGCUCUCCUGCUGGACGCCUCACUGGAAGGAGAGUUUGACCUUGUCCAGAGAAUUAUCUACGAGGUGGAAAAUCCCAGUACGCCCAACGACGAAGGCAUCACUCCCCUGCAUAAUGCCGUGUGCGCCGGGCAUCACCACAUCGUCAAGUUCUUGCUGGAUUUCGGUGUGAACGUCAAUGCAGCGGACAGCGAUGGAUGGACUCCGCUCCACUGCGCCGCUUCGUGCAACAGCGUCCACCUCUGCAAGUUGCUGGUGGAGUCGGGUGCCGCCAUCUUUGCCAGCACCAUUAGCGAUGUGGAGACGGCCGCCGAUAAGUGUGAGGAGAUGGAAGAGGGCUACAUCCAGUGCUCACAGUUCCUAUAUGGCGUUCAGGAAAAGAUGGGUGUCAUGAACAAGGGCACGGUGUACGCCCUGUGGGUGUAUGAAGCUCAAAACCAGGACGAGCUGUCCUUCGGCGAGGGGGACGCCAUCACCAUCCUGCGGCGACAAGACAACAGCGAAACUGAGUGGUGGUGGGCGCAGCUGGAGGACACCGAGGGCUACGUGCCUCGGAACCUUCUGGGGCUCUACCCUCGGAUCAAACCUCGCCAGCGCUCCCUGGCGUAGCAUCCCCAGCUGGUGGAGGGACAAGACCAAGAGCAGAGAACAAAAAAAAGCCUCAAGAACCAACUUCGUCUUCUCCUGGCGGCCAUACAUACAUAUAUUUAUUUAAACACACACAAUAGACACUCUAAAUGCGAAAAAUCCCCUAAAUCCUUCCAUCCCAUUGGCUCCUUCAGUAGACACUACACCGCUGUAACUUCUCCAAACCUUUUUCUUUUUCUUCCACAUGGUCACACAUGUUGCUGAUGGGACAUUUAUUUGUAGUUGUGUUUUUUUGUCUUAUUUAAAACUGACCCGCUAGAAUGAACCCAAAUGUUUGCUUUCAACCACCAAAAAAUGCAAUAGAUUUCACAUAUUUUUUUAUUUUUUGGGGGGGAUGGGAUACGCUGUAGGAAAAGCUCUUUUUAGUUUUAGAGAGCACAUCACAACAAAAGAAGCGUGUCAUGCACAGAAUGAUUUGACUGACUGUCCUGAGUUGCAUUUUGUAAGGAUUCCGUCAAUUCAGCAUUGUUUUCUCCAAAUAUGCUGCUAUGGUUAUUGUGGAAAUGUUUUUGAUGGUUAAAACAACUUGAACAUUGAUUCGGAAGGAAAAUGUGGAUAUUUUUUUUUAUUUUGAAUGAACUCAUACACUCAAAUUGGUGAUCAUUUUCUUGACUUCACAUAGUGAUGACCCAGUUUGUUUUCACAACUUCUGAAGCCUUUAAAUCUCAGGACCAACACGGUGCUGCUGACACUGUUCCACCAUUGUGUUCCUAUUUUCAUGCUCACGUGGCUCGAGCAACAAACCAAACACAGCCGAUGUAAGUUAUUUUUCACGAGAGUGGAACAGUUAAGUCAAGACGUUAAAGGCACCGUCUGGUUAAUUACUCCUUCCAAGUUAUCACCAAUCCCAUCCAGGUACUACACUGUACAUGAAACAUGAUCUGCAGUCCAUCAGUGUGUUUUGAACCGGAGUGAGUGAGUAUAAUGCAAAGUGAGCAACAGGCCCACUGAAAUAUGUACAUAGUGUGAGGAGGAUGCUAUCUUUUGUUUGCUGUAUGGACAGAUGGGCUUUCUCUAUGAUGUUGUACUCACACACUCACACACACAAAUCUGUAAAUGUCAACAAUAAAUCCUAAAUC